AUGGAAGAAAUGACCAAGAUCCCAUUAUCUCAAUACCCAAAGACUUCACAAUUCCUCAAGUUAAAACCAGAUCCUUUAAUUCCAUCUAUAAAAGAAGCUUUAAAUUUACAUCAAUCAUCAAAUCAACAAGAAACUGAAAAAUUAUUUAAUAAACCACGUACUCUAAAAUCAGGUGCUUAUCAAUUCACAAGACCUGAAUCAAGACCUGAAUAUAAGCAUUUAUUAUCUUCACCAAAUGCAUUAGAAUUCUUAUCAUUACCUCAAGAUUCCCCUGAAGAUUCAUAUUAUAAAUCAAUAGUCUCUGGUGAAAAAUUUCAUUAUGAUGAUAAAAUUUGGCCAUAUGCUCAAGCUUAUGCUGGAUUCCAAUUUGGUCAAUUUGCUGGUCAAUUAGGUGAUGGUAGAGUUACAAAUUUAUUCACAUUAAUCACACCAAACCAGGGGAACCAGGAAUUACAAUUGAAAGGUUCUGGUAAAACUGCAUUUUCAAGAUUUGCAGAUGGUAAAGCUGUUUUAAGAUCAAGUAUUCGUGAAUUUAUUAUAAGUGAAUCAUUAUCAGGAAUUGGUAUACCAAGUACAAGAGCCCUAAGUAUUUCACUUUUACCUAAAACUAAAGCUCAAAGAGAACGUGCUGAAGUUUGUGCUGUUGUAUCAAGAUUUGCUAAAAGUUGGAUAAGAAUUGGUACUUUUGAUUUAUAUAGAUGGAGACAAGAUCGUCAAGGUCUUAGAGAAUUAUGUGAUUAUAUCAUUGAAGAUAUCUUGGAUGAAUUACCUGUUUUCCAAAAAGGUGAAUUUGUUAAAGAUCAAUAUAAAGAUAUAACUGAAGGUAGUGAUGAAGAAGAUCUUGAAGGAUUAAUUGAAAUUACAGAUUCAACUCGUUAUGAUCAAAUGUAUAGAGCCAUUGUUAGAUUAAAUGCCAAAUUAGUUGCAUAUUGGCAAUCUUAUGGGUUUUUAAAUGGGGUUUUAAAUACUGAUAAUACAUCAAUUUUAGGUUUAUCAAUUGAUUUUGGUCCUUUUAGUUUUAUGGAUAAAUUUAAUCCAAAUUUUACUCCAAAUCAUGAUGAUGUUCAAUUACGUUAUAGUUUUGCAAAUCAACCUUCAAUAAUUUGGUGGAAUUUAACAAGAUUAGGUGAAUCUUUAGUAGAAUUACUAGGUGCUGGACCUGAUUUAGUUGAUGAUGAAUUUUUCAUUGAAAAAGGUAUUAAAAAACAACAAGAAGAACAAACAAUUAAAAGAGUUAGUUCAAUUAUUCAAUUGGCAAGUGUUGAAUAUAAACAUGUUUUCAUGGAGAAUUAUAAUUCAAUAAUGACUCAAAGAAUUGGAUUAAAAACUGUGGAACAAGGUGAUAAUGAUUUAAUUGCUCAAUUAUUAGAUUUAAUUUCCAAAACAAAAGUUGAUUUUAAUAAAUUUUUCAUAAAUUUACAAAAUUCAACAGAUUUAAAUGAUACUUCGAUUUAUUUAACUCCAGAAUUACAAAACCGUUUAUCAAAUCCAAAGGAUAAAAUUGAUCAAGAAUUAAAUGAUGAAUUAAAUUCAUUAUUAAGUGAAUUCAUUGAAAAUUAUAAAAAAAGAUUAGGUUCAACAACUCAUAAAGAACGUUAUUCAAUUGCAUCAAAAGUAAAUCCAUUAUUUACACCGAGAAAUUGGCAAUUAGAAGAAGUUAUUGAAUCAAUGUAUGAUGAUAAUGAAGAUAUUUCUAAAUUACAAAAAUUAUUAAAAAUGUCAUCAAAUCCUUAUGAUCCUUUGAAAUGGGGGGAUGAAUUAAAAGAUUUAGAAAAUCAUUGGUUAGAUGAUGAAGGUGAAACAAUGACUCAAUGUAGUUGUUCAAGUUGA